AUGCUGAACCUGGACCUGAUGACCAACAACCCGCGCAUUGCACAGCUGCAGGGCCGCCUCAAGGUCAGCCAGGCCGCCGUCUCUCACAUCGCCCGCAGCUACCAUGAGCUGGACGCCGCUAGAGAGGAGGCUGAUGAGUGGAAGAGGCGCUUAGAUGCUGCUAGGGAGGAGGCGGAUGAGUGCAGGCGGAGGUUGGGUGAGGUGGAGGCGGAGUGGCGGGGGAAGGUGGCGGAAGCAGAGGAUGAGAAGGAGGUGUACAGAGAGCGGAUGGUGGAGUUCCAGCAGUACUGGCGGGAAUCGAAGCGGGCUGCUGAGGAGUGGGAGGCUGCUGCUGAUGAGGAGAGGGAGAAGGCGGAUGAGGAGAGGGAGAAGGUGGAGGGGUUGGAGAGGGAGGUGAGGGAGGAGAGGGAGAAGGUGAAGAGCUUGCUGCGCGCUGUGGUGGAGAAGGAGGAGAGGCUGUGUGCGUUUGCUGCUGAGAGUGAGCAGCAGAUGAGGGGGUUGAGAGAGGAGGUGGAGGAGUUGAGAGAGGUGGUGAGGGAGAAGGAGGAGGAGAUGGAGGGGGUAAGGCGGGACUGGCAGCAGGUGUUGGUUGGGUGGGAGGAGGAGGAGGAGGAGAGGAAGAGCGGGCAUGAGAGGGAGAAAGGGCGGCUGGAGGAGCAGCUGGAGAGAGCGAGGGAGAGGGAGGGAGAGUUACAAGAGGAGGUGGAGCGGGGGAGGGAGGAGGUGAGCAAGCUGAAUGUGAUUGAGGUGGUGGAGCGAGCAGCAGGGGAGAUGGAGCGAGUUUGUAAGGCGUUGGGGGAGGAGCUGGAUGCGGUGGAGAGGGAUAGGGCGUGGUGGCGACAAGUGGGGGAUGCGCUGUGGUGUGCGGGGGAGAGCAAAGAGAGCAGGGAGCAAGGUGGGGACGUGAAUGCAGGUACAGGUGGCAGUGCGAGUGUUGGUGCGGACAAGGGAGGGGAUGCAGGCAUGGUGGCGCAGCAGCUGUUGAGGUGCUCCCAGGCCUUGAAACGGGUGAGUGAUGCUGGCAUGGCAGGAAAAGCAGGUGGGGACAGGGGCCAGGAAGGAGUAGAUUUGGCAGAGCGGUUGGAAGGGAUAGAGAGGAGUGAAGAGAGGGUGGAGAGGGAGAGGCAGGAGUGGGAUGCAGCCGCUCUGACAGCAGAAAGCCAGCAGCACCGGCUGAGUCAACUCAGAGAAACGCUGACUCAGCAGCUGCGCUCCGUGUCGACAGCUGUCAGCCAGCUGAGGAAGCGCCGGCGCGAGCUGGCUUGCGAGGCGGCAUGCCAGCUGGGCAGGGCUGGUGACGUGGCAGGGGCGGCAGUGGGGAGUGUGGUGUGGGAGGGUGUACACGUGGCAGUGUUGGAGGAAGCUCAGGUGGAAGAGGAGAAUGGGGCCGCGCAAGGAAGCGGCAACGCAAGGAAAGCGGCACCAGCGGCUGUGACGACGGAGCAGGAGGAGGUUGUUGCAGUGACGAGAGCGCUGGGGUGCUGUGAGCUGCAACUGGUGGUGGCGAGUGAAGCGCUGCUGCAGGGCGAGGGGUGGGGCGAGGCAGUGAGCAGAGAGUUGGUGCGAGAGAGGCGGCGGAGGGAGGAGGAGGAGUGGAGUGAGAUGCUGGAGGAGCGACGGCGCGUGGCUGAGGCAGCAGCGAGGGAAAGGGAGGAGCUGGUGGAGGCACGGGAGAGGCUGCAGGGGGAGGUGGAGGAGGCGCGGAGGAGGGUGGGGGAGUUGGAGGAGCAAGUGGGCGUGAAGGGCGUGGAGGUGAGGGUGAAGAGUGAGGAGGUGCGGCAGUUGCAGGGAGCGGUGGGUGUGCUGCGAGAGAAGGAGAAGGUGCUUCGCGUGCAGGUGAACGGGCUGCAGGGGCAGGUGGGGGGAAUGCAUGGGCAUAUCGAGGAGUUACACGGGCAGGUUGAGGAGUUGCAAGGGCAGGUGAACGGACUGCAGGGGCAGGUUAAGGGGUUACAGGGGCAGGUGGAGGAGUGGCAAGGGGAGGCACGCCGGUUGCAUCAGCAGGUGCAGGCAGGGCAGCAGGCGGUGGUGAGGGAGCAGCAGCAUGGAGACGAGAGGGUGAGAGCCGUGCUGCAGACGCUAGAGGACACCAGAACGGCGGCUGCCAGUGCUGCUGCUCGUGCCGCUGCUGCCCUGGCGGAACGGGAGAGGCAGGCUGGAGAGGAGAGGGAGCGGUGGCGGCAGGAGGUGGGUCGCAUGGAAGGGGAGGUGGCGCGGGUGGGGAGGGAGGUGGAGCGGGUGAUGGGGGAGAGGGAUGGGGCAGAGAGGGAGAGGGAGGGAGAGGAGGAGGAGGGGGGCAGCGGAGGAGAAGUUGAAGGAGAUUGA